UUUCUAGUAUUUUGUUCAUAUGAAUAAGGAUCAGCAUAUUGAAGCCACUGACGAGUCGGACAAAAGUGUUGACGUUGGGAGUCUACUCUCGAUCUCCUUCCGAAACAAUUACUCUCAAAUAGCAAUAUUCGACAAAGUUUAAAGACAAGUAUGAAGCUUCAUUGGCAUCAUAAACUACUAAUACAAUUCGCUUCACGCGUCUUGUCAUUUGGUCAAGUAUUGCUUAUUUGACAGUAAUUGUUUCGGAGCCCCCCUUUUUAGACUCCCUGGUCAACGGGUUAAUACAACAACUGGUAGCAUUAAUAAAACGAACAAGCAUCGUACUAAUGUCAAAAAAUCAGCUGGCUGACUGACAACUGUAUCGGUCGGUACCACGGACUUCCGUAAUAAAUAUAUAAAUCCAUGAUCGGUACUACCCGCCGGUAGUAAAAUACCGAUGAGUGUUUUGAAUUUUUAACUAAUUAAUUAAUAAAAAUUUUAUUCCACAAAAAGACAAAAUAAUCUGAAAAUAUGUCCGAAGAAGCACCUUUAAAUAGUUCUCAAAGGAUUUGUGGACUGUGUAAUUGCAAAGUAAGCAAGUACUGCUGCCCUCGUUGUGAAAUAUUUUACUGUUCCUUAGACUGUUAUAAGUCGGAAAAACACGUUACUUGCUCAGAAAGAUUUUAUCGCGAUUGUGUGAAUAACGAACUCGCAUCGUACCAAAAUGACGAGGAAUCUCGUAACAAAAUGAUAGACAUACUGAAAAGAAUGAACGAGGAGCUGGGAGAAGAACAGGCUGGAGAAAUAAUGGAGAAUAUUGAUGAACUUGACUCCGAUGACGACAUUGAAGUAGAUCUACAUGAACGAAUUAAAGAUAUCGAUCUCGACAAUGCUGAUCACGUAUGGGACGCUCUUACAGAAGAUGAGCAAAAUGAUUUUGAAGCAUUAUUGAAUAAAGGAGAUGUAGGUUCCAUAUUGCCGCAGUGGGAACCGUGGUGGAUGUAUCGUAGAAGAGAAAAAAAGAUACAAAAUGUAGGUGGUACAAAUAAAAAAGAGGAAGAGGCAUUAAAGAAGUGUCCAUUAUUGAGAGAUGUUCCCAAAUUGAGUUCUUUAACUACCAUACAGCCUUCACCAGCGAUCAGAUGCAACAUAACAAACGUUAUAGCGUCGUAUGCCUUCGUAAUGCGCUAUUUCAACAACGAAAUCGAUCCAGUGGAAGCCACAAUUUAUAUAUUAAACAUUUGCGACAGUUUGGACAAUAAUAUGAACUUUUGUAAUCCUAUCACAGCUUUAGAAUCUGUUGCACAGAAGUGUCUUCAGAGCAACCUAAUAGUAACAGACGAAAUAAGUCUUGAUGUAAUGAAACAAGACACAUUUUUGAUUCUACAAGGGCCAAGCAAGAGCAACAAAAUGCACUACUGCAAAGCUGCAUUAUCUCACUUACAUACUAUAUUUUCAGAAGCAAAAUCUAAUUCAAAAACCAAGAAAAUUGAGCAACAGACUAAAGGUGUGUUUUCUAAAAAGUUUCCUGAACAUAAAUCUGAACAUUUCCCUAAAUUAGUUUCGAGUAAAAUAAGUAAAUGUAUUAAAAAAAUUGAGUAUUACUUGUCGUAUAUUGAAAGUUAUAGUAUGGAGUCGGAAUAG